CGCCAAUACUGUAUUGUUGUGUCAGUCCUUUUCCUCGCUGCUGUGGGGGAGACAACAACACUCAAUCUGAUUUCUCGGGAGAACGUGAUAAAAUGUGAACAGUGGAAUGUGUAUUGCGUGAAAAUAUCGAUUACUGAGAAAUAUAAGAUCAUUGCCCUAUAAACAAGCGUAAACGUAAAGACAAGUGAGCAUCAAAUAAACAGCUGUGUAUUUAUAAACGAUCUAAGGGCAAGAAAGAUCCCCAGUUGCAAAUAAAACAAGAAAAUAUAAAAGAUUAAACUCUUCUAAAAGAGGCAAGUUCCUUUAUUGAAAUUCGCGAUGAAGAAAUGGCUAGUGAGAGGGCAGUGGUCUGAGGGAGGUGACGAGAUUGAGACCCUCGACAAGGCCUGGUCGAAGACAAUUAAUGAAGGUUAUGACAACGUGGAUGGAAGCCUUAAGUGCCCAGAUGCGACAGGAGGGCUGAAGAAGGUGGAACAAAGAGAGAGUGUUGAAAGCAGCGAGGCGCCUCAAGUGAACGGCUCAGCAGCGAAGGAAAAAAGUUGUCACCAUCUCAUUCAAGACGUGGACAAGCCCGCCACCGGCCCCCAGGUGUUGGCGGGGGUGACGGUGGCGGCGACUCACCUGGGUGUGGGCUGUGUGUUUGGGUUCUGUGGUGUAGCGCUGCCACAGCUGACCCAACACCCAGCCCCGGGCAACAUCACCAUGAACGACUUCCACUUGGCGCUGUUUAGCAGUGUUAUAAGUAUAGGAGCAGCGGUGGGGUCAGCGGCCACAGCAGUGCCUCAGGUGUGGCUGGGUCAGCGGGUGACACUCCUCUUCGCUCUGCCUGUGGCUCUCGCCGCCUGGGUGACUCUGGCCGCCUCCCCCAACGUCUGGGUGGUAAUAGCCGCCCGGGCUGUCCAGGGCCUCACUGUGGGCUUCAUCGCAGGCCCCUCAAACAACUAUGUGGCGGAACUGGCCCACAGCAAUCUACGGGGACUACUCGUCGGUACUCUCAACACUUCAGAACAACUUGGCUACCUUCUGGUGUAUGCCGUAGGCAGCUCAAGUCUCUCGUGGCGGCAGGUGGCGCUGGUGUGUGGCUUCCUCACCACCGUCCUCCCCUUCCUGGGGCUCCUUCUCCUGCCUGACUCACCUCGCUGGCUCGCCGCUCGUCACAGACUUCUGGAUGCUCACAAGGCUCUCAUCUUCUUCAGGGGACCUCACUACGACUCACACGCCGAACUGGUAGAAAUUACAGACCAACUGGCAUUAGGGAAGAGAAAUGCAAGAGACCAACUGCAAGAGAUGAAAGAUCCAAACAUCAUUAGCGUAAUUCUUUUAUUUACAUUCCUUCUUCUCUCUUCACAGUUUACAGGCAACUUCCUCGUAACAACAUUUGAGGUGCCAAUCUGCAACUCAACCGUGACUGACUUGAGCCCAGCCACUGGUGCUGCUGUUACAGGCACAAUACGUUUUCUUGGCUCAGUGGCGUAUCUGCUUAUUGUUGAGCGGGUUGGUCGUAAGUCGUUGCUCAUAGGUGCAUUCCUCGCGUGCGCUGGAGCGUUAGCCAUGCUCGGUUCCUUCCAUUAUGACCACAACAACUCAGACGACGUCACCAUUCUGGAUUGGCUACCCUUUAUCUCCCUCUCCGUGUUUAUAUUCUCCACAACUGUUGGCUUUUCUGUUCUUUAUGUAUUACUCGGAGAACUUUUCCCCACGUCGGUAAGAUCUACAGCUGUAGCCUUCCUGUACUCUCUGUUUUUCACGGGAGCCUUCGUGGCAAGUCAGACCUACGUGUCCGUGGUAGGUUCACUGGGGAAGCACGGGGCAUUCUGGCUCUACUGCUGCUUUAACCUGUUGAUGGCGGUGGUGGGUGGCCUCAACCUACCGGAGACCCGAAGACGAUCCCUGGAGGACAUCACCGCCCGUGAGCCACGCCAGUCCACCAAACACUCCUACGAUCACCACAGAUCUACCAAACCCACACUCCACGCCAACGGAACCACUCGCCACGCCAACGGACACCUCACAUCCAAACCACCUCCUCAGCACUACCACAUGACUACUCGGCGCGUCCCAGAAGACAACAAACCCAAUCAUCCAGCUCACAAUUUCUGUAAGUCGACCCAAACAGCCAACAGCUCCUUAUAGAUAUCGAAUACACAGUUUGUUGACAUAUAUGAAAGUUAUACCAAAUUCAUGUGUAGUUUAGUGUCCAGACUUAAAACUAUAUCAACUUUGAAUAUUGUUGUCAUUAUUUCAGACUACAGUAUAUGAUAACGUUCACCUACCACACAGUAGAAUGACACUUCCU